AAUAAAGUUUCGCAGAUGACCUUUGACACCAAGAUGUCAGCCUACAUGCCGCUCCCUGUGAAGAUGUCACCGUCAGCCUUGGUGGGAAUAAAGUGCGUUUUUAAAGAGCAGCUUUGUUCUAGAAAGAUUUUAAAAUGCUUAACAGAGCUCUACAGGCGAGGUUACUCGGUGACGGCUGGCCAGGCGGCGGCGACGGCGGUGGAGGAGGUGGAGAGCGGUGUGACCGCCGCCGGGUUCAGCGGUCCUUUGGAUCACUACAGCGGGCUGAUCCGAGCCGGGAGCCUGCGGGAGGACGAGCACCAGAGAGCGGUACUGCAGAAGCUGGACGAGCUGCACAAAACGCUGAGAGGAUACACCAAUAGACCCACAUCCAUCAUGUCGAGGUUUUUCUCCAAACCAAAGCCCCCUCAAGGCUGCUACAUCUACGGCGACGUCGGCACAGGGAAGACGAUGGUGAUGGACAUGUUUUAUUCACAUGUGGAAACGGAGAGGAAGAAGAGGGUCCACUUCCACGGUUUUAUGUUGGACGUGCAUAAAAGAAUCCAUCGGUUGAAGCAGAGCAUGCCCAAAAGGAAAGCAGGGAAAAUGGCCAAAUCUUACGACCCCAUCGCUCCGGUCGCCGAGGAGAUCAGCGAGGAGGCCCGUCUGCUUUGCUUCGAUGAGUUCCAGGUCACAGAUAUCGCCGAUGCCAUGAUCCUAAAGCAGCUCUUUGAAAAUCUGUUUCUGAACGGCGUUGUUGUCGUGGCGACGUCCAACCGUCCACCUGAAGAUUUGUAUAAAAACGGCCUGCAGAGAGUCAACUUUGUGCCUUUCAUCGCGGUGUUGCAGAAAUAUUGCCAAACUCUUCGCCUCGAUUCAGGCAUCGACUACCGCAAACGGAACAGACCUUCUGCGGGGAAACUUUACUUCCUCUCCGGUGAACCUGACGCCGAGGCAACGCUGGACAAAAUGUUCGACGAGUUGGCUUUUAAACAGAACGACAUUACCCGGCCGCGAGUUUUAAACGUUCACAACCGGAAGGUCCGUCUGAACAAAGCCUGCGGGACGAUCGCAGACUGUACGUUUGAGGAGCUGUGCGACAGACCUUUAGGGGCCAGCGACUACCUGGAAAUAUCCAGACUGUUUGACACAGUCUUCAUCCGACACAUUCCUCUGCUGACGCUCAACAAGAAAACUCAGGCCAGGCGGCUCAUAACGCUCGUGGACGCGCUCUACGACCACAAGGUGCGGGUGGUGAUACUCGCCGAACGCCCGCUGGAGGACAUUUUUGUUCAAGACGGGGAUCACAGUCACGACGAGAGCCACAUUCUGAUGGAUGACCUGGGGCUGAAAAGGGACGAAGCCAGCAGUCUGUCCAUCUUCAGCGGGGAGGAGGAGAAGUUUGCCUUCCAGAGAACCGUUUCUCGACUCACAGAGAUGCAGACUGAAGAUUACUGGCUGGACGGGGACAGAAGCUUAAAAGCUUCCGGAAAAUAAGAAUGCAGGAUACUUUAUGAACUACUCUCAUAUAUGCCAAAAAAAAUACUACACUACUCUAUCUCCCCUUUGCACAGAGCACCAGGGGACUGCUUAACAGUAUCUGUGCAAAUGUACAUACAAUAUUUAUUAGUAUCUAAAAUAAUUUUGUCAUUUAAAUGCAAAUUUGCACUUUAAGCGUCAUUUUAAGGUGGAUUUUUGGGAAGGCAUGUCGCUUUUGAUCCAGUGUCAUAUAAUAACUCAAGUUUUUUAACUUCUCUGUUGUUUGGGGAAAAGAUAUAAAAACACAACAUGGACAGUUGAUAGAGAUAUGGAAGUUUAUGAGUCUGUUUUGUUUUAAGUAUUUCAAUAAAAUGAUUUUAUGUUUUA